GUCUGACAAUUACUCGGAGCGCAGAAUCGAAUGCGUCUUCGCGUGCCGAAUCUCGGGCCCGAGCACGCGCGCCCGUCCGAGUCAGACAAGAUGGCAGUUGCAGCUGCUCGGUAAUCUGGCGAUCGCGGCAAGGCAUUUCUAAUUCGCGCGCGGCAGGCGACUGAGGUAUACUCGUCACCAGUCAACCAAACAGCAACACCAGCCUUGGCUUCAGCCUGAAUAACUACAUAUAGCUGUGGUCGGAUCCAUCUGAGCACCCUCUCGAGUUUCGAAUACUCAACUGUCUCGUCAUGUCCCUGUCCGCCAAGCCUGUCCUUAUCUCCGGGGCGGGGCUGGCCUCACUGCUCUUCGCCCAGUCCCUGCGUCAAUCCAACAUCCCGUUUCGCAUCUUUGAGCGGGAUGCGUCCUUUGUCUUCCGCGCCCAGGGCUACCGGCUGCGGCUCUCCGACGAGGGCCUCGACGCCAUCGAGUCCGUGCUCGACCCCCCGACCUGGACCAAGUUCUGGGACGCCUGCGGCCAGACGGCGGGUGCGGGAUUUGCCGCCUGGGACGCCGUCACGGGCGAGCAGACGGAUCACAAGAUGCCUGAGAAGCUAGCGUCACGCGGCGGCAAGGUCGUCGGCAUCGCCAGAGGCGACAUGCGCAAGGUCUUUGCCGACGGGUGCCAGGACAAGAUCGAGUGGUCCAAGCACGUCACGGGCUACGAGCUCACCGAGGAUGGCGUCCGGGCCCUCUUUGCCGACGGCACAAAGUCAGACGAGGGCUGCAUGCUGGUCGGCGGCGAGGGCAUCUACUCCAAGGUGGCUAGACAGCUCUCUGGCGGCAAGCUCAAGGUCUUUGACACGGGCGCACGCGGCAUCCACGGACAAGCCCCCGCGACGGCCUUCCAGGGUCUGGGCGAGGGCGUGCAUAGGUUGCUUGACACAAGUCGCGGACCUGGAAAGGACGUCUCCAUCAUCACUAAUGUGCGCCCGGGCGAACUGGACGAUCCGACCGUGCGCUUCGGCUGGACGAUGGCCACCCAGCCGGGUGCACUUGUCGCGCCCAACAACGACUUCAGCCAGAUUGGCAAGCCGGCAGCUGACAUGGCCAAGGAGUUGACGAGACACUGGGCCGCCCGAUUCAAGCCGCUCUUUGACCAGAUGCAGGUCGAGGACGCUGCGUUUUGGAAAAUCACAUGCUCGUCGCCCAGCGGCGUGCCCGUCUGGCAGAACGAGCCGCGCGUCACCGUGAUUGGCGACGCCGCGCACUCCAUGACGCCCGCCGGGGGCAUCGGGGCCAACACGGCUGUCCAGGACUCUGCCUUGCUGGGCAGGUUACUACGGGAAGCCGGCGGGUUCCGGCCUGGGGUCACCGAGGCGUACGAGAAGGAGAUGAGGGUCUAUGCGAGCGAGGCUGUCAACGCGAGCUAUACCCUAGCCAAGGGAGCCUUUGGCAUUGAGAUUGAUGAGGAGAGCACGCCUACGGUGUGAGGUAUUUUUGGAGG